UUGGAGAGGUUGAAGCAUAAUUAAUUUAUGUUACACACAGAAAAACCUCAUUUAUACGGAUUUCAGAUUCCGCAGGCAUCCAUAGACUUUACAGCAGGUGUUGUCUCUGGUUCAAUUGGAGUGUUUAUAGGCCAUCCUCUUGACACUCUUCGUAUCAGAAUGCAAUUAUCCAAUCCCAAACCAAUGCUUGAGUUAGCAACUGAAACUUGUGUUAAAGAAGGUGUAAGAGGACUCUACAAAGGAGCAGUUGCUCCGGUGAUCGGGAGAGCUCCAAUAUCCGGAGUAACUAUGGCAGCAAAUGACUAUUGACUCAGAAUGAUGAACUAUUUCAAUAUAAACGAGAACCUAAAAGCUACUAUUGCUGGAGUUGUUUCAGGGAUUGUGUCUUCCCCAAUAUGAUGCCCUAUUGAACACAUCAAAAUAAAAAAGCAGGCGUAUUCUAGUGGAAAUAUUAGCUACAGUUCCAUUGCUAGGGCAGAAGGGCUUUCAGGCUUGUUUAGAGGAUUGAUUCCAACUUUAGCUAGAGAAGUUCCUAGCUGUGGAGUUUAUUUUGCAAGCUAUGGCUAUUUCAAAAGAGUACUAAAAGUUGACCAAAUGGGUCAGAAUGAUCAAUCAAUGAAGAGUCUUUAUAUCUUCUUGUCUGGAGGAUUAGCUGGUCAAUUGUCUUGGAUUGCAUGAUAUCCCAUUGAUUUAGUAAAAAGUGUAAUGCAAAACAAUUCUGAAUAUUCAAGCAUGAUGUGAACUUAUCGCCAUCUAUUGGCUCAGAACGGGUACAAAAUAUUCUUCAAAGGGCUAGGCAUAUGACUAGUCAGAGCAUUUCCAGUGAAUGGAAUUACUUUACUUCUCUAUGAAUGGAUGAAAAAUCCAUUUGUAAGAAUGCAAAAUUCAACGUCUUUGGAGAUGUUUGCAUAA